GGUGGUCUCGCUAUAAUGACCGAUGCUGCACAUCUUCUCACUGACUUUGGCAGCAUUUCGGUCAGUCUCUUCUCAUUGUGGGUUUCCUCCAGGCCGCCGUCCAAACAUCUGACCUUUGGAUGGCAUCGAUCAGAGGUUUUAGGGGCUCUUCUGUCUGUUCUGUCCGUCUGGACUGUGACGGUGGUUCUUGUUCUCUUUGCUGUUCAGAGGAUCAUCGGUGAUGAUUAUGAGAUACGCAGUGACGUGAUGAUGAUCACAGCUGCAUGUGCUGUAGCGCUUAACAUCUUCUUGGCUUUCAUUCUCCAUCAGUCUCCGGUCCGUCACGGCCUCACAGAAGAGCACAGGAGCACCAGCGUGAGAGCCGCGUUCAUUCACGUGCUGGGAGAUUUACUGCAGAGUUUGGGUGUGUUGCUGGCGGCCUCCAUCAUCUACUUCAGGCCUGAAUGGAAGAUAGCAGAUCCUGUUUGUACUUUUCUGUUUUCAUUAUUUGUGCUUGGAACAACAUUCACCAUCCUGAAAGACAUCUUCAAAAUACUCAUGGAAGAUGAGCAAACCAACCCACAGACUGUGCUGAUGGACAUGACCAGACUGCUCCAGACACACUAUGGAUUCAGCAAUAUCACCAUUCAGACAGAGACACACACAGAUGACGCGGCUUUUUGCUUCCAGUGCCAGGACCCAAUGGACUAA